AUGGGCAACGACGGCGGCAGCAUACCGACGCGCCGUGAGCUGGUCAAAGAAGCCGCGCGCAACCCCACCGCCUCCGAGGUCAAAGAAUCGCAGCACGAACAGCAAGAAUAUUACUGGACUACCGACCCUAUCUCGCGCGAGCCUCUGUCGCAACCUGUUGUCUCCGAUGGGAAUGGGAAGCUUUAUAACAAGGCAACCAUUCUCGAGUUCCUCGUCGAAGGCGCACGAAAGGAGGAUGCCGAGAGCAUCACCCAAGGCGCAGUGAAGAGCCUGAAAGAUGUGGUGGAAGUCAAGUUCGAAGUAAACGAAGAGGCGGCCAAGCAGGCAAACGGCUCAGCGAAGCAUGUCACAUGGAAGUGCCCCAUCACCGGCGACAAGCUUGGGCCGGGGUCAAAGGCUGUAUAUCUAGUGCCUUGUGGUCAUGCAUUCUCAGGCAGCGCGAUCAAGGAGGUAUCAGGCGAGAAGUGUCUGACUUGUGAUACGGAGUACGCGUCGAAUGACAUAAUUCCUAUACUUUCAUUGUCACCUACGGAUCUUGCGCGCCUUUCACUCCGCGCCAAGACACUUCAAGAGAAAGGUCUGUCGCAUUCCCUCAAGAAAGCUUCUGGCGGGAAGAAGCGCAAGAAGAAGGAUGAAGUGGCUGAGGAGGCCACCAACGGUACAAAGGAUGUGAAGACUGCGUCCAACAAGAAAGACCGCGCCGGCGAAUCACCAGCAGUGAAGUAUGCGGCAGAGUCAGACGGCUCGAACAGGAUCAACAACGCAUCUACCGCAUCAUUGACCGCAAAAGUCUUGCAAGAACAAGAACAGGCGAAGAAGCGAAGACUGGAAAACGACAAUGUUCGCAGUCUGUUCUCGAGAAGAGACUCAAGCAAGCCUUACGAAAAGAAUAGCGACUUCAUGACUCGCGGCUUCAGCAUGCCAUCAAAGUCCAGAGGAUGA